CUAUUUAACACAUGCGCUAAAAUGACACGCCUGGGGAUUGUCUACCUACUCGAGGCGUUGCUUGUGACACAUAGCAUCGCACUUAUAAGGGUCCCUCUUCAGAAGACCAGAAGCAUCCGCCGCAUCAUCAGCGAUAAUGGGAUGUCUUUGGAUCAAAUUCGGGCUUUGGCAAAGUCGAGCGGAUCGCCGGACAGCGCUCCCUCCCCAGAAUUACCAGUAGAGAGGCUGACUAACUUCAUGGAUGCCCAGUACUUUGGGUCCAUUAGUAUUGGCUCACCGCCUCAGGAUUUCACGGUGCUAUUCGACACCGGCUCCUCCAACCUCUGGGUGCCCUCCAUUCACUGCUCCUUCCUCGAUAUCGCCUGUUGGCUUCAUCACCGCUACAACUCAAAGAAGUCGAGUACCUACGUUCGGAACGGUACUGGCUUUUCCAUCAGAUACGGCAGAGGAAGCUUGUCUGGUUUUAUCAGUGGCGACACAGUCAACAUAGCAGGUUUGUCCGUGCCCGGACAACAGUUUGGUGAAGCAGUGAAGCAGCCCGGCAUCACAUUUGCCGUGGCCCGCUUCGAUGGGGUUCUGGGAAUGGCCUAUCCCUCCAUAUCCGUGGCCAACGUCACCCCGGUGUUCGAUACUGCCAUGGCGGCCAAGCUGCUGCCGCAAAAUGUCUUCUCUUUCUAUAUAAGCAGAGACCCUGCAGCAGCAGUGGGAGGAGAGCUGAUGCUGGGUGGAUCGGAUCCAGAAUACUACACUGGGGAACUGCACUAUAUCAACGUCACACGCAAGGCCUACUGGCAGAUUAAGAUGAACGAAGUUGCCGUGGGCAACCAGCUGACUCUUUGCAAAACAGGAUGCCAGGCUAUUGUCGACACGGGGACGUCUCUGAUGGUCGGGCCUGUGGAGGAAAUCAGAGCGCUGCAGAAAGCCAUCGGAGCGCUGCCCCUGCUGAUGGGAGAGUACUUCAUUGACUGUAAGAAGAUCGACUCACUUCCCGUUAUCUCCUUUAACAUCGGAGGGAAGAUGUUUAACUUGACUGGAGAGGAUUAUGUCAUGAAGGAGACACAGAUGGGGACUUCCAUCUGCCUCUCAGGCUUCAUGGCCAUGGACAUUCCGCCCCCUGCUGGACCACUUUGGAUCUUGGGAGAUGUUUUCAUCAGGAAGUACUACACUGUCUUUGAUAGGAGUGCUGAUCGCGUGGGCUUUGCACCAGCCAAGUAGUCCAACUCAUGAUUUUUAACGAUAUUAAUCGCAUUUAACUAUUGUGCGCUCUGUUCUAAUGUUUCGCUUUCUAACUGACCAAAGAACUGCAAAUUAGGAAUUAGAAUGUAAAGCUUAGAUUCUAUCGUAAAGCACAGGUACCGACUAAUGAAGUUGUGGUUCGCGGAGAGUAUGUCCCAAAAAGGAAGACCACUAAUAAACGAUUUUGAAAAUCCA